UUGAGGCCUUCCCAGCCCUAGAUGACUAGUAUGACCUCCCGCUCACGGUGACUCACUCUGCGCAGGUUUCCCAGCGCCCUGGCCCUGCCGACAGCCCCAGACCUUUCACCUUUGACCUCCUCGCGCCUGGAUCUCUGAAUAACUAAUGAGCCCUUUGGCUCUUGUGCAGGCUCUCCACGCACGGCUGCCGCGUGUGCAGUGCGGGGGCAGGACUGUCCUGUCUCUAAGGCUUGAUGAGUGUGUACCUGCAGUCCUGUCACACCCCGCCAAAGCCCGCUGUCCGGUUGAGAAGUCACUGUAAUAAAUACGUUCCCAUAGUGAUCUUCAAGGACCAGAGCUUUCCCUGGGUGUGGUCUGGGGCUGGAAGGCCCUGGUGCGCUGAUGUGGCGCCUGGGAAGAUAGGUGUCUGUCAACCCUGAUGCAAAGGUAGAACGCUUCCCUCUGUUGGAGGGAUUCUGGAGAGGUGUACUGAUAUGCAUCCAGUGCCCAGGGAGUGUGGGAAAUCGGUCAGAAGUGGCCCGUUAUUGUAAGCAGACGCCAGAGCUAAUGUUGCACGCCCGCUGCUGCCUGAAUCAGAAUGGCACCAUCCUGGGGUUGGAUCUCCAGAACUGUUCUCUGAAGCACCUUGGUCCAAACUUUCCUCAAGCACAUACUGCUAUCAUCAUAGACCUGCACGCAAACCCCCUCAAGGAUGACUUGGCCAACACCUUCCACGGCUUUAUCCAGCUCCAGACUCUGAUACUACCAGAAGAUGUCAACUGUCCUGGAGGUAUUAAUGCCUGGAAUACUGUCACAUUUUACCCAAACAAUCAAACCUGUGAAGGACAAAGGAACCUUUGCAAUAGCACUGGGGACACAGAAAUAUGUCCUGAGAAUGGAUCUUGUGUGCCUGAUGGUCCAGGUCUUUUGCAAUGUGUUUGUGCUGAUGGCUUCCAUGGCUACAAGUGUAUGCGCCAGGGCUCGUUCUCGCUGCUUACGUUCUUUGGGAUUUUGGGAUCCACCACAUUGUUCAUCUCCAUCCUUCUUUGGGGAACCCAACGCCGAAAAGCCAAGGCUUCAUGAACUACCUAGAUCUUCCUACUGACCUAAGGUCAUCCCGCUCCAUCUUAGCCCAGCCAGGGAGAUUUGCUUCCUAGACGGGCUGGCCAGAGCCUCCUCCAGGACAAGGCCAAGGUUGGAAGGAAGAUGGAACAUUGCACAGUGCUGGAAGGUCACACUCCAGUCGAGGAGCGGACUAGUCCCAGGUCCCAUUUGUGCUGCUAACGAUAAUAAAUUUUUUUUUAAAGGAA